CGGCUGGACAGAACCGAUCGUGCGGCUGGGACGCAUCGUGUACUAAUGACUAGUGUGAACUGUCACGACUCGUUUUUGUCGGAUUAAAUCACGGAAAUAUUCGAUAUACAUGUGCGCCUGCUGCUCUGCUUGAUGGGGAAAAGGGUGGACGUCAUGUCUCGUACACUUUUUCUAGGCCCUGUCCAUUCUUGCUGCCGGUUGAUGAGUCUGCUGCUCAGUGACCAGGAAAGCCAGAGCUCAAGAACAGAAGGUCACCAUCUGUUCAGGAAUGGCUGCAGAGGUGGAAGUUCCGACUGCAGAAGUGAGGAGAGCUGUGUCAGGAGGCAGACUUCACAUGAGCCCCCUGACGGACUCCAGCAAUAAAGGCUUGCUCGAGGUCCCUUCAGUGAAUCAGUCUCAUAUCAUCACUCCAGAACCGACCAAGCCUGUGCCGGGACCUAAGCCAAGGCUGAGUCCUAAACCAUUUUCUGUGGAAAAAAACACAACUAUUAAGCCCAUACUUGCUCCAAAGCCCCAAACCAAACCCAGACCGGAGUCGACACACAUCCCUGGGUACAAGCCUGAUCUCCAAUUGAGUCCAAAGCCCCAGCCACCUGCUGUCGUCAACAAACCCAAGCCUGUGUCUUCUGCCUCCAACCGACCUCCCUCUACAUCGUUUAGAACAUCUACAAAGUUAAAUUCUGGUCAAACAACAAAACCUGUUGCCCAGCCUUUUAAACCUGCGCCUAUCCUUGACCCCAUUGAACCCAGAAAACCCACUCCUCCCACUCCUUUACCAACAGAGAGGCCAAAGCCUUCAAGCUUAGCGUAUUCCAGAAGCCUUAAAAGUCCAACAGGAGCAGAAUGGACUGGUUCAACUAAAAAGGAUCAAAGGGAGGAUUUAACUUCAGGAAAAGGUGGAGCAUCAAUCACAAGAACCAAGUCACUGGGCCAUUUGGCUCAGCUAGAACUAGAGGAGGAGGAAAAGGAGAAAACAAAAUCAGAAGAGACCGCAGUGACACUGCGACCUCACCCCAGAGGCUCCAGGCCGAGACCUGUAUCUGCUAUUUAUUUAGCCAGUCCAACGAAGGCAGACGCCCCAGUUCCUGCUCCUCGCUGGGCAGCCAGGCGACCACUCUCAGCUGAUCUCACGGCCAAGUUUGAGUCUAUAGGCUUGUCGUUGCACCGUAGUUCUGCAAAGUCAAACACUAAAGAAAACACUCCAGAGGAGAGAAAACGUUCUCUCUCACAGAGUUCGGAUAAUGUCUCCAAACCAGCAGAGGCAGACCAACCAAUCAUUUCGCGGACACAACGAAAAAGUGUCAACGAUUCUGGUGACGAUAAGCAAGCUGGCAGCAUCAAGUCACGAAUCAGUCUGCUGCUGGACUCCUCGUCCUCCCCGAGCUCUGCAGUGGUUGGACAAAUGGCAGAGCUUCGCUCUCCUGGACACGAUAAGGAGACACCAGUGGGCGUCAAACAGCUCAUCAAACAAUUGACCGUGGAUGCUUCACCAACUCAUCCAACUCCAAACCCAAAACCAGCACUGAAGCCUCGACCUUUGCCACUUGACUUGACCAAAAAGUUUUCUGAGAGGUCUCCAGAUCUUGGCAGUGUUCCCCAGAGGAGGGAUGAAGACCUGGCUGUGUCACCCAGUGAACAGAAGACACCUGGUUCUGGUCCUGGUCCAGGGCUGCAGUUUGCUUCAUCUCCAAAUGAGACUGGGCUGAACAGUGAUCGUCCUCAGAUGGUGCGAGCGUCCAUGUUUGAUAAUGUUAUCGAGAAGCACAGUGUGAUGAUGGUGGAUGAUAGCACCCCUGUAGUCUUGGCAAACUCCUCCAACAACCAGUCAUUUGAGAAAGGAAGAUGUGAGGAUGAUGGUACUUUGGUUACUGCAACCUACAGGGAACCUGUCUCACCAUCAAGUCCUCGACGGGUUGUACAUGCAAAGGACACUGUGCAGGCCCUGGAGGCAGCUACAGCUGUGAGUGAACGUAUCCCAACAGCACAGCGGGAGGAUAAACCCAUGACCCUUCACAACCGACAAUCCGAGGACCUUAGACUAUCUGCAUCAAAGGCCGGUUCAGAAGAUCAGCAACAUCGUUAUUUGAGGAUUGGCUCCUUGCAAAAGUGGACCAAUACAGGACUUGACCCACAAUCAGAUAAGGAAAAUGGAUUACCAAAGACAACUCAGAAGGAUGAUCCGCCUUUGAGCAAACCCAUUCAACGGGAAGCAGAACAAGAGGGUAUCUCUGCAGCUCCAAAACGCUUGAAGAUUCUCCCACUGGAGGAUUCCCCAAAACCAAGGGCAACAUACUUUGCUUUAACAGGCCAAAUCCAGGAGCCAUGCUCGCCAGUUGAUGUUAAUAUGGAUGAUAUGAUCUUUCCAAAACAGAGAAAUACAUUUAUGGAUGAGGAUAUGUCCUCUCUUAAUCAAGUUAAAGACUUCCAGGUCAGAGAAAGCAGCAGGACAAAAGGAGUCAAAGGUGUACAGGCAGCAGACAAUUUACCAGAGAAGAAAAAUGAACCAAAAUUUACAGAGAGGUUUCUAAAGUCUGUGCUUGAGAAAGAAAAAACACACCUGGAUGUCGAGAAACAAGCAGAUUUAGAAUUUGCACGUAUGAGGGAGAGGGAACUGCAAAGAGAGUUUGAAAGACAGCGGCAGAUAUCGUAUGAGAAAGAGAAACAACUAUUUGAGGAAAAACAACGAACCAUGGAGAAGCAGAAACAGCUGGACCAAGAAAAGCAAAUGCGUCAAGACUUCGAACAGAAACAAUUAGAAAAACAGACACUGAUGGAAUUUGAUAAAGAAGCAAAUCGGAGCGAACAGGAGAGGCAAAGAGUGGAAGAAUUGCAAAGGGAAGAAGAUAGGUUAAGAGAAUUGGCGAGGCAAACUGAACUAGAGUGGCAACAAAUGGAAGACUUUCAAACGGAGGAGGAAAAAUUGGCAUGGCAAAGAGAGCUGGAGAGGCAACAAAUGGAAGAGUUGCAAAGGGAAGAAGCAAAGCAAAGAGAAUUGGCAAGGCAAAGAGAGAUGGAGAGGCAACGGAUGGAAGAGUUGCAAAGGGAAGAAGCGAAGCAAAGACAAUUGGCAAGGCAGAGAGAGCUAGAGAGGCAACGAAUGGAAGAGUUGCAAAGGGAAGAAGCAAAGCAAAGAGAAUUGGCAAGGCAGAGAGAGCUAGAGAGGCAACGAAUGGAAGAGUUGCAAAGGGAAGAGGCAAAGCAAAGAGAAUUGGCAAGGCAGAGAGAGCUAGAGAGGCAACGAAUGGAAGAGUUGCAAAGGGAGGAAGCGAAGCAAAGAGAAUUGGCAAGGCAGAGAGAGCUAGAGAGGCAACGAAUGGAAGAGUUGCAAAGGGAAGAAGCAAAGCAAAGGGAAUUGGCAAGGCAAAGAGAGGUGGAGAGGCAGCGGGUGGAAGAGUUGCAAAGGGAAGAAGCAAAGCAAAGACAAUUGGCAAGGCAGAGAGAGCUAGAGAGGCAACAAAUGGAAGAGUUGCAAAGGGAAGAGGCAAAGCAAAGGGAAUUGGCAAGGCAACGAGAGAUGGAGAGGUUAAGAGCAGAAGAGAGGCAAAGAGCUGUAGUUCAGCAGAGGGCUCUAGAAAAAGAAGCACAGCUGGAGUUGGAAAGACAGAGAGAAAAAGAGAGGCAGAAAGAGCUAGACAAGGAGAGGCAGAGAAUGGACGAUCUUGAAAGAAUUAAAGAGUUGGAAACAAUUCAACUUUUUGAGUUUCAAAAGCAGAAAGAAAAGGAGAGGCAGAUGCUUCUAGAACAUGAAAAGCAAAGGAUUGAAGAAAAAAACGAACGAGAGAAAGCUGAAAGAAUGAAGCAGAUGUCAUUAGAAGAAGAAAUGUUGAGGUUAAAAGAUCUUGAUAGAGAGAGAGAAAGAAGAAAAAGGGAGGAAGAGCAUCAAAGAGAGAUGGAGCAGGAAAAGCAGAGAGCACUGGAAAGACAGCGACAAAAAGAUAUGGAAAAAGAACGUCAGAAACAAUUGGAUAUUCAGAGACAGGAAUUGGAAAACCAAAGGUUAAGACAACAGGAGUUAGAAAAGGAGCGCCGUAAGAAGGAAGAAUUGGAGAUCAUCAAAGAGAUGGAAAAGAGACAGCUUUUAGAGUUUGAAAAACAAAAACAAGCUGAGAAGGACAAAAACGAAAUGGAGAAGCAAGAGGCUGAAAAAAUGAGACAGAUAGCAAGACAGCAGGAAGCAGAGAGACUGCGACGUAAGGAGAAGCAGAAGAAAGAGGAGCAGGAAAGAAUCAAGCUGGAGUCUUCACCCCUCAGACCCAAAGUGGUUGAUUUGGAUUUAGUGCUUCAGACAGAGUCUCUCGUAAAGGUUUCACCCCAACGUAGUGAUCCAUCAACCAGAUGGAAGGAGCCAUCUCCUAGAUUAGACAAGUCUUACAAACCUGCCAUUCUUGACAUUGACUCUUUUAUGUCUCAAUCUCCACCGUCAUCUAGUGUGGACCCCUUUCUUGUUUCCAGUAACCAGAACUUGGAUACUGGUUUAGAAAGUAAGUGGCAGGCUGGACCUGCAAAGGAUCUAAGCUGGAAGGUGGCAUCUGGCACCACAAGUGGAUUCUCUAGCCAUGUAUGGACACAGUCUACCCAGGACCCUUGGGAGCUACGGCCUUUUCAGACACCUGCUGACACAUCAGUGACUGAUUCUAGACUCAAUGCCAACAAACCAAGCCCAGAACUGCUCUUACUUCAGCAGCAGGAAAGACGACAGUCUCCACAGAGACAUCAUCCAAGUGGAGUUGACCCAUUACGCUUGACCUCUAAUGCUGGGACUCGAGAAGAACCUGUUGAUUCUCCUUUUGGAGUUGCCACUAGUUCAAAUGCAGAGCAGAUCUGGUUUCCAAGGGAACCACAGAGGUCAGCCAGCAGAGAGGAGCUACGGAGCCAUCGGAGAUCCCAAGCGUCCCAGGAGCUGAACAGGAUACGAUCCCGCAGCGUGUCGCGUCGAUCUGCCCCAUCCAGCAUUGCUUUAGAGGGAAUGUUGCCGCGGAUGCGGAGCCGCAGCUCCCACAGAGAACAGGACCGCCAAAGCUUUGUGCAGCAGAAGCAGAGCACAGGUGAAGAGGAGGGGAAAGACCCGGAAACUCCUCUGAGGGAUUCUGACAGUCAAUAUGGAACCUGGGAGACGGGGCUGCGCACCGACGACAGUUUGACUCCCGCGACUCCAAGUUCGGACACUACACUCAGCCCAUCUCCAAAAAAGCCCACUCCAGUGCCCAGUGAACAAGCAGCCCUCCUGGACAACAACACGUUGGAUGGUGUGUUGUCAGAGAACCAGCCGCUGCCUUUCCCUGAGGCUCCGACCAGUCUGUUAGACUCCAGCGCUCUUCGCUCCAGAGCUCAGCUGGGUAAGAAGCGGGCGGCGAGGACCCGCCCCACCAGAGCAGCCCGUCAAAAAGCAGCUGUUGAGGAGUCCAGAGACCCAGAGGACUGGUUGUUCCGAGACUCCACAGAGGAGAAGGUGAACGCUAAGAAGGAGGACUCUGACUCCGAGGAGCAGAGCAAAGGAGGCGCAGACGUGAGCCCGGCUGCUGCUUCUCAGCCUCAGAGGGUCGCCCUGUUCCCGGGCGUGGACCCUUCAGCUUUGAAGGUUCAGCUGAAGAAGAGGGGGGACACCGACACUCAAACAGACUCCCCCUCACAGGCCUCCCGCUCCCCCAAGUCCCCCUUUCUUCCACGCGCUGCUCGAGUGCUGCCCCCUGCUGGCGGGAAGGAAAACGGAGAGGAGAGCUCCCCUCAGUGGCUGAAAGAACUCAAGUCCAAGAAACGGCUGAGUCAGUAUGAAAACGAAAGCUAAGCAAACCAGGUGGCCUUAAAGAGAUGGAACAUUACGAAGCCUUAAUGUCGGACCCAGAGUGGAGAGGAGUGUUUCCACUGCUGCUGUUGUAUAUUUUUCUUCUUCUCGUCUGGGUCAAUCAAUGUGUACGGUGCCUUUAUCACGGAGGAUCUUUUUGGGUGACAAGCAUGUGAGGAAGAACCAUCCGGCUUCUGGUCGAUUCACACGUGGCCCUGGAGCUUCUUCAGUACCAGGGGAUUCUCUGUAGCAACACUCAAUGAGGAGCAGGAGAGGGGCAGGUCACAGAAGCCCACGACCUCCAGAGCUCCUCAACGGUCAUGUGACUCAUAUGACUGUGACGGAGUCAUUUCAGACACUAAUCCAUUUCCUCUUGUUGGAGAACAAAGAACGGUCAGUAAGAGUCGAUGUAACAGACCCACCGUGUGCUUUAACUCUGAAACACUCCCGAAACACUUCUGCCCUUCAGUGCUGUCUAAAGCGAGGGGGUGAGGGACUGGGGCUCAGGUGACGGGCACACACACACACACACACACACACACACACACACACACACACACACACACACACACACACACACACACACACUCCUGAUCAGCACAAACACGUUUCUAGAAAGACACUCGUCCACUGAAGACCCUUCUGCUCUUGUGCAUGAACAAUCAUUGCUGCUGCUCUGACCUCGUGCCCUGGUCCUAGUCCUGGCCAGGUCCCCACCGAAGCCUCUGACACCUGUACAGAGCCUCCACCCACCUGCUCUCGCCCUGCGUGUCUGUCAAGCACUUUGUCACUGGAUGCACUACAGCACGGACCUCUGACCCCGUCUGGUCAGCUGCGUCAAUUCUCCUGUGCUCAGGCAGAAUGUUCAUGUCAUCUAAGUGAAUGUAGACUGUCAUGGCGUCUUCUAUGUUCACGGUUUCAUAAAUCUGAGGGCUUUUGUUUUUUUGUUUUGUCAUUUUUAUUUGUGUAUAUUGCACUGUGUUGUUCUGGCCAGUGUCUGAAAGUAAAUAAAUUCUUAAUAAAAUGACCAGACCUUUCUUUGACAUGAGUGGUGUAGUCAACCUAAACUUUCAACCACUUUUGUGGAAGCCUUGCACAAAUACACCUUCAUUAUCACCAGCUGCCCAUAAAAGAGUGGCAGAUGUUGAGUAUGAGGGCCGUCGGUUCAAUCCCUUCUGUAUAAACAAUAACUCCCGAACACACCAUCAUAUUUUAGUGAAACUUUCAGGCCUGGUUGGAAACCGGCUCAGUAGUUCUAAGUCGGUUCAUGAGGCUUUACGACCGAUGAUCCGCCGCUGCGUUUCAAUUACACGAAAACUGUCCGGUCACGUGACCAACUGCAGCUAAACCCGGUUGUCACCGCAUCUUGCGAGUGGAUAAAACACAGCAUACGGUCUGUCACUUGACACGGUCGCGUCGCCUCGUUUGAAGCCGGUGAACAGCGGUUCCUCUUCUUCGUACUUGUACAGUAAUGUGUGUCUGAUAUUGGCGCUCCGCGAGCGCUACUGCCAUCUGCUGUUCAUUUGCGCGCACUGCACUCGGAGCAUUGAAUAACUGACACGUUUAUUCUCCCCACUACGCGAAAGACAAUGAUUUUAGAUUUAAAAAUAAUCCCGAUGCGAAUGACAGCAUGGGCGUAGGUUUGUGCUGUAACAGUGUUUGUUUUUUUAACUGUGGGAGUAAAGUGUCGUGCCGAACAGGAUGGGAGGACAAUAACUUAUUAUAUUGCAAUGAAUUACAGUGGCAAUGUUCUAUCAAUAUCCUGCACACCUUGCUUUGACUUCAAUGAUGUGAGCG